CUUUUAGUAAGCAUCCCGACGUUCUUGCAAACUUAUAAGAAGUUGAAGUGCUCAUUUUUUAGAUUUUUGUGCCUUUAACACGUGCGAAUUAUCUAGUUCUGAAGAUUUGAAAAGCAGCUAAAAUAUUACUGAAAUCGAAUAAUUUAAUUUUCACGCUAGAGAGAAAAGAGUUCAAGUUCAAGAAAAUCCAUUACGAAAAAAUACAGAAACAAUGGCAGCCGUAAUACCAGCCGUGACCAAAAUUUCUCCCAGAGUAAUAAGAAUAUUAGGGUGCAAUCCCGGAUUUAUGACAUUACAGGGAACUAACACGUACAUUGUUGGAACAGGCAAAAGGAGAAUAUUGAUAGACACAGGAGAUGAAGGAAUCCCUGAAUACAUAAACCAUUUAAAAUCUGUCUUAACCUAUGAAGGCAUUGAUUUGGCCCAUAUUUUCAUAACUCACUGGCAUCAUGAUCAUAUUGGAGGACUCUCUGGCAUUUUGACAGAACUUAAAGAAAAAACAAAGCAUUGUCAAGUUUGGAAAUACCCAAGCCUUAAAGAUGACAUCAACAAGAACAAAUUGAUAGAAUCAUUUAAAGACGGCCAAGAGUUUGCAGUAGAAGGAGCAACACUUCGAGUAGUUCAUACACCAGGACAUACAGAUGACCACAUAGUGCUCCAUUUACUAGAAGACAAUGUCAUCUUUAGCGGGGACUGUAUCUUGGGAGAGGGCACAGCUGUUUUUGAAGACUUGUAUGAUUAUAUGCGUUCCCUGCAAGAUAUUGCUAAUCUACAGCCUGCAAUUAUCCUUCCCGGGCAUGGAAAUACUAUACAAAACCCUGCCGAGAAAAUAUCCUUCUACAUCAAGCAUAGGCUCGAACGUGAAUCACAAAUAAUGGAAGUAUUAAACAACAACCGCUCAAAGUCCUUUAAUGAAGAGGAUCUGGUAAGAAUGAUCUAUGAGGAGCUCCCUGAAAGCUUAACCAAAGCCGCCCAGAGCAAUGUUAAUCAUCAUCUGCUUAAGUUACUCAGAGAGCAAAGGGUGAAGCAAAUGGAUGACAAAUGGCAGGUGUCAGAUUUUAACGAAGUCAAAUGUCGUUAAAAGUAUUAUUUCAUUGUAAUUUUAGAGACUCCAAAGGCUGUUACUAUUUAAGUUGUUUUUAGGCUCGUUAUUGUGAUAGCUAGUCAUAGGUUAUGUAAUAAACAG